AUGACAAAGCCAAUAGUUAACGAGUUAGAAGAGCUCAGUUAUGCGAUAGUGGGGGAUCAAGAAGCUAAGCUAGGGUUAUUACUACGAUCCGAGAAACAGUCAUUAUUGAACCAAGUAUUUGUUUUGAAUAGAAAUCAACUUACUAAUCGACAAGAAAAUUUAAAACCAGAACUUGUACCAGAUAUUAGUUUAAAAUUGGAUAUACUUUAUUUACUAGUUAAUUUAGACGACACAGUUCAAGAAGAAUUAGGCCCAAUUUAUACAAAUUUUAUCAGUCGAAUAUAUAAUGAUACUUCAUUUUUGACAUUUCUUGUUAAGGACCAAAACUAUUUAAUCAAUAAUAUCCCAGUUAUAUUGAAAUUUGUUACUUUGCUACGUCUUUGUACUAAUAAUUGCAAAUCUGUUAAAUGUCCUUACAUCCAAAACCUCAAUAUAUUAUUAAAAUCUCUAAUUAUUAUUAAUAUUGAAGAUAAAACUGGUUCCGAUUAUCAAAGUUUGAAAAUUAUUUCUGAAUUAUUAUAUAUAUUUAUUCUAUUAAUCAAGCAAAAUUCCCCAGCUAAAUCUUCUGAGAACUAUAACGAAUAUUAUACCUUAAAUCACAAAACAAAUCCAAUAUUAAAGUUAGAUUUAAAUCUCACGUUUUAUUUACAGAGGCUACUGUUAACAAUAGCCGAAAAAUAUAUGUAUGACAUUGAUUUUAAAUAUGAGACCAAAUACCCCUCAGGCCAAAGCAUAAGAAAACAGUUCGUAAUAUAUGAUUGUCUAGCUAAUAAGAAUGUAACUGAUUCAUCAGUUUUAGUACCAAAUAGCUUAUGCAUUUCUGACAAUAUUGAUGUUAGCCUAAUGACAAAUGCUUUAGCUUUAUAUUCAAUGGUAACGGAGUACAGAGAUGAUUUUAAGAGUCUUUGGAAUAAUUUUCAUUUUAAUAUAUUUUUAUCGUCUUUGUUAAGAAGUUCAAGUACAGCAUUUAAAUGUUCUCUGCUAAAUUUUAUUCUACAGCCUUACCUUUUAAGCGUUAAAGUGAGAAAAAAUAUUAGAAGAUUAAGACAAUUUUUACCUGAAUUGUUUAAAUGUUUUGAAUAUCAAGAUUUACCGUGGUGGUUUGAUCCAUUUGAUACAAUAAAUUCUCUACUGGAAGCAUAUAAUGUUUCGCAUACUAGAAAUAAUCCCAUUUUGAAAUUUCUAACAAAUACAAACAUCAUUCAAAGCUUACUGUCAUUAUUUUCUCAAUGUCUCUCUCUGCCUUAUCAGACCAAUGAUACCUUAAAAACGAUUACUAAAUUUAUUAGAUUAAGUUCACUAAUUUCUUAUCAUGAUGAGGCAUAUAGAACUUUCUUCUUGAAAAACGAUAAUUUUUUAAACCAUUUAGAGAAUUCAUUAGAUAAUCAUUUGGAUAUUUUAAAAGAUUUUCUAAGUAAUGAAGAUCAACUAAGAGACUUAGUUUCAAAUAAAGGUAUUACCUUACCGCCGAUUUAUGACUCUGAAUUCACUUUCUGUUGGCUAAUAUUAUUAAAAGCUUUUUCAAGAAGUGUUACUACCUUAAGAGCUUAUUUAAAGAAGAAAAGGUUUGCGGAACAGAUAUAUUUGAUUGUUAAACUGACAUACCAGGUUAUCGAUACUUGUGAUUUUGCAGGUAAAACUUUCCUAGAAGGUGAGAUUAAAAUUAUGGGAGCAGCGUUGGGUUGUAUUUGCAAUUUUGUUAUGGAGUUUUCAAGUCUUCAAUGUCAACUAUUAGAAUCAGGGGUCGAAGAAAUGGUUGGUGAAAUUUUAAAAAAUCCUAAAUUUAAAUCGGUACAACAACAAAGUAUUGCAUUUGAUCCAUUAUUUAGCGAGGAGACGAAAACUAUUAUCAGAACCAACUCUCUUUGGGUUUUGCGUCACUUGAUGUAUAACUGUCAAAUUGUUGAAAAAUUAGAGCUGUUGAAAAAGAUACCAUUAUCUAUAAUUUUAGAGUUUAUUAAUGACCCAUCCUGGGAUGUUCAAGUGCAAUGCUUUGAACUAUUAAGAAAUUUAACUUGUAAUUCAAGAAAAAUUGUCAACAUGCUAUUAAAAAAUUUUCGAGUAGCUGAAAAUGAUUCAUUCCAUGAUGCAAAGACAUUACCGGCCAACUCUACAUAUUUAUUUGACUUCUUAGCUAAAAAACUAAGAUUGUUAAAUGCUUUAGUACCUGUUGAAGAAAAGAUUUUAGAAGCCAUUUUGUAUGUGAUUGUCAAUAUCGCUGCGGUUAAUGAAAGGAAAAAGCAAAUGGUAUUUGAACAAGAUGAAAUACUAGAAAUUAUUAAGGAAAUUUUAACUGAGGAUAUUGAUACUAAAAAUUCUAAAUAUGGAAAUAACAGUUUAUUGAAAUUAGUUAGUAUUUGGGCAUUAAGCAACUUAUUAUGGGAUUCUACACUCUCACUUUAUGCUCAAUAUACAUUGGACCCUAACUCAAACUUCGGUAUCAAAGAUGUUGAUAAUGACAAGGGAUAUAGCUUAGAUUCGAGACAUGUUAGUUAUUCACGUGCUAGUAGAAGCAUCACACCCAACGCAGCCUCUAAUUUUAAUGAAUCAGGCACAAAUAUCCAUAUAGUUGAUGAUGAGAGUGAGCUUAGAGGAUAUACCAAAGAAUAUGAUGAAUUUGUUCAUGGUAAUGAUACAGUUGAUGGGGUACCUGCAGAAACGAAUACUGCUAUUAUUGAAAGAUGUCAAAAAUUAGUUGAUUUAGGAUUUUACGAUCUAGUUAAAAGUAAGGAGUUUGAUGAUAGUUUGCUAGUAAGAGAAAAAGCAAGAGUGUUAGCUGAGCAUAUGGAUCAUUUAAUGAGAAAAAAAUUAUGA